GAAAAGUUGCAAAUUGUCACCAAAAUCUCCACUCAAUUCACGCAUAUGUCAAGUGUCUUGAAGUGUCUCAAAGUGAACCACUUGUUUGUGUCUCAUUUGUGGACAACUAGUCGUCCGUCGAGUUGGUUGUCAUCAGUGAAGAGCAAACAAAUGGCCAAAAGUGGACAAAAUGUGCAAAACUUUGACUAUUUUCUUGUACUGGACUUCGAGGCGACGUGUGAUCGACCCGUUCAAGUGGAUCCCAUGGAGAUCAUUGAGUUCCCGGUCCUUAAAGUCAAUGCAAACACAUUUCAAACCGAAGAAGUCUUUCACCGAUACGUGAGACCCAAACAUCACCCAAAUUUGACCCCUUUUUGCACUCAAUUAACGGGAAUUAUCGACGAAAUGGUGGCCAACGAACAGACCUUCGAUGUGGUGCUCAACGACUUCAACCAUUGGUUACAUUCUGUUGGACUCAUAUGUGAUGAUCACUGGAGGCAUCUCAAGAAGUUCACAUUUGUC